CACCUCUUCCUGUUCAUAACUCAACCUCGACACAAUAUAAUUAACUCUAUCUCUUUAUCAAAGUAAUCAUAAUGACAGAAGUCACAGAUUUCCCUCAAUCUUUUGUCCGGCCAUGGAAAGAGCUUCUCCAAUCUCGACGCGACGAGCAACAAGAUGACUUUCCCAGUUACUAUGUCAAUAAUAUCGACUCCCUCAUCACAACCAGCUCACCCAAGACAUUAUACGUUGGAACAGGCCACUCUAUUUACACACGCGCUCUUCUACCAGCGAUUCUCAGCGCCAAACACUCGGUUCAAUUGAUCACCUGCUACUGGGCUGCCUCGCCCUCACUGGACGCUAUACGCGACACAUUCGAGCAGCUUGCAGCGGCGCGUAUUGAAGCCAACGUCAAAGCUCCCCUACGGAUUACGAUAGGCUUCUCAUCAUUUGGGCUAUUUCAGAAACUAUUCCACCCUGCUUCUCGAGAGGGAUAUGUCUAUGAUCCAUCGAAAUGGUCUAAGCUUGGCCUGCCCAACCAGCAAUUGCUACAGAAUGCCAAUAUCCACCUUACUGUCAAGAGCAUCUUCUUCACACCAUUUAGUGUCAUGCACCCAAAGUUUGUAAUUGUCGACGGAAAGCGGGCCUGGGUCCCAAGCUGUAACGUCAGCUGGGAGCGAUGGUUCGAAGGCUGCGUCGAGGUCGAGGGUGCCAUUGUCGAUCGUUUGCUGGCAUUCUACGAUCGCGUUUGGGGUCACAAUGAUGAACCUCCACGACCAUCUGACUCGCAAGAAGAUGUGCAGAUUAAUCAAAAAGCGCCAAAUCGACUACAGUCCAACAGUGAAGCGUCAGCAACGCAGUCCAUCGACUUCCCUGCCAGUGGCCCAGUUCCGACCAUCUUUCUCCCUUCACCGCAUCAUCGGAACCCUCGGUUCUCCUUCCCAUUCCUAUCGCAGACGAAUCCGCCAAUGACGCCUCUGAAUGCAGCACUUCUCACUCUGUUCAACAACGCACAGCGACGGAUCACCAUCCUCACUCCCAAUGUCACUUCUUGGCCUGUUGUGGAGAGUCUGUUGAAUGCGCUCGCACGUGGGGUCGAUGUUCAGAUCAGAACCAGCAAGGGCAUGAUGCUGAUCGAGCAGCUAGUCACUGCUGGCACAACGACGUCCUGGUGUUUGCGCAAGUUUAUACAGCGAUACAAUGCUCUUGUCAAACAGCCACGAUCAUCGGAUCCCGAAGCGCAAUCGCCUUCGCCCGGCAAGCUGGAGAUCUUUUACUACAAACAACUCGACGCUAGACGCAACCAAGAAGAUGAACCUGUUGUUAGCCACUUCAAGAUGACUCUCGUUGACGACGAGUAUCUAGUACUGGGCUCAGGCAAUAUGGACAGGGCCAGUUGGUGGACGAGUCAGGAAAUCGGAUUACUAUUCUAUGUCCCUGGCUUCCAAGGCCAACAUCUCUGGAACGAUGUCCUCGAGAAGCGCACAGAAGUCUUGUUUCAAUCUGACCACCCCAAGCGAUUGAUCUGAUCACCCCUACGAUUGACCCGAUUACAGCUCAGCCGCCUUGAUCUUCUCCCAAACGCUCACGAAUGUCGACGGAUCGUUGGCGCCAUGGAGCCGGAACCGGUCCUGAAGAACAAAGUCAGGGACACCACUGACACCGCUGUAUCGCGCCUCGCCCGCAAGCUUGUCAACCUCUGGGCCACCCUCGUCGCUCUCGACGAUAGCCUUCUGGAACUCAUCCUCGGGGAUUCCCGCCUCGACAGCCACGUUUCUCAAGGUGUCGUAGCUGGUAAUGUCGUCGUUCUUCUCAAAGUAUGCAGCAAAGAGACCAUCGAGCGCCUUGCUCUCGGCAUCCUGGCCGUGCUUCUUGGCGAGCUGAACAAGUCGAUGCGAAUCUCUCGAGUUUCCUGUCUGUCCUCCGAACUUGAAGUCGAUUCCGAGGGACUCUCCGACACCCUUCAAAUGCUGAUGCAUCUUGACCACGCGGUCUUUGCCGAAUUUCUCGAGGUAGAACUUUUCUUUGGAGAUGCUCGAUGCAGGACCUCGUGCCCAAUCAGGCGCUAGCUGGAAAGGCUUGUAGCUGAUGUCGAAAGUGUCGUUUGAGUCGGGGUACUUCUGCUCCCACAGGCGCUGCGCAGCCUGGAGCUGUCUGCGACCGACAUAGCACCAAGGGCAGACGGUGUCGGAAGUAACAGUAACUUUGAACUUUGUCAUAGUGAUGGUGUGUAAGAUGAUAUCUGAUGGAUGGGGCUGUAUAGGGAAUGGUUCGGGGCAACCCUGUCGACUUAUAAGUGAAGCUCUUUGCUCGCUGUGCGACGUGAUCGCAUCAGCGGCUCACGUAAUCACGUCGGCGCCGGCGAAAAGUUGAAAUCCGCUUUUCUCGGAGUUGGUGGGAUACCGAGGCCGGAGUGUGGAUCCUUCGUUACACAGAUUGAGAUUUUCUGGUUCCAUUACAAACGAUGUGAUACGUGCUUUGAAAUGUGCUCGGAGGUUGGAAAUGAAGAGAACGCGAAGGAUUUUCUUUGUGUCACGAACCUCGGCUCAGUUCUUCGCUCCUCCGUCGAAGGACAUAUGUGGCGAUGAAGUGAAGCAUUCACUCAGUACUUUGACGCCUGUUCAAGCGCUGAGGAUGACGCCAGUCUGUAGGGCUGAACUAAGGAGCUAGAUGGGCGAUCUGAUGCAGGGAAGGACAUCCCCAGGUUAGCCCAGUUUGUCUGGGGGCAGUUUGACUAACGACAUACGUACAUCACGGAGGCAUGCAGUCUUCGGUGCUAUUAAUAGCAACAGCCUCAAGUAGAGGCACUUGUGUCUUGUCUGAACCCACAAUAGCAUGGGCGGGGCAUUCUUGAUCUUAGUUGUCAUGUAGUUGUCGUAUGUGUUCAUAUAUAUAAGUGUGAUGC